GCGGGUGGGGCCGUUGCUGGCGGCUCAGGUGGGCGCUCGGGCGGGUAAGAGGGACCCGGGCCGGGCCGAGCUGAGCCAAGCCGGGCCGGGCCGGCUGAGGCCGAGGCCAGCCGGGCGGCGCCGCGCCCUUAGGCUGGCUGGGGAGCGCCGGGCCCGCCGGUAUCCAGGGACGCGGAGCCGUUGCUGGGGGGAGGGCAGAAGGGCAGCGGCUGCGCGGGCCUGACGGCCGCCUCCUCUCGCCGUGCGGGCGCGGAGCGGCCCCGGCCUCAGCCCCGCCAUGGUCCGGCUACACGUGAAGCGCUGCAACGAGAGCCAGUUCCUGCUGGAGGCGGCCGGCAGCACCCGCCUCGCCGACCUGGUCCCCCUCGUCGCCCGCAUCUACAACGGGAGGCUGAAGGUGCAGCGCCUCUGCUCAGAGAUGGAGGAGCUGGCAGAGCAUGGUGUUUUCUUGCCUUAUAAUAUGCAAGGACUGACAGAUGAGCAAAUCGAAGAACUGAAGUUAAAGGAUGAGUGGGCAGAAAAGUGUGUACCAAGUGGUGGAAGUGUCUUCAAAAAGGAUGAAAUUGGGCGAAGAAAUGGACAUGCUCCAAAUGAAAAAAUGCAGCAAGUUAUAAAGAAGACAAUAGAGGAAGCCAAGGCAUUAGUCUCUAGGAAACAAGUUCAGGCCAAUGUGUGUGUUAAUAUGGAGAUGGUGAAAGAUGCAUUGGACCAGCUCCGAGGGGCUGUAAUGAUUGUGUAUCCAAUGGGAUUGCCUCCACAUGAUCCAGUUAGGAUGGAGAUUGAAGACAGAGAAGACUUGUCUGGAACUCAUGCUGGACUUGAAGUUAUACCAGAAUCAGAAGCACAAUUGUGGUGGGCAGGAAAGGAGUUGAAAGAGACAAAGUUGCUCUCCGACUAUGUAGGCAAAAAUGAGAAAACAACCAUCAUUGUCAAGAUACAGAAAAAAGGACAAGGAGCUCCAGGGCGUGAACCUCUGAUUAGUCAUGAAGAGCAAAAACAGAUGAUGCUGUAUUACUACAAAAAGCAGGAGGAACUUAAGAAACUAGAAGAGGAUGACGAUGACUCAUAUCUAAAUGCUGAGUGGGCAGACAGCCAUGCUCUGAAAAGGCAAUUUCAUGGUGUAAAAGACAUCAAGUGGGGUCCAAGAUGAAGCUUGGCAAACACCUUUUUGCCACUUUAAGCUGUUCGGUUGAUACAUUUAUUUGCAACAAGGAGUUGUGUUGUGUGCCGUAGAUCCUUCUGACAAAAGAAAGCUGACGUUGUCACUUGUGUAGCAGGUGCCAGUUUUAGCCUUAGGUUUUCAAUAAACAUUUACAUUUCUGUGUAACUGUAACAGCACUUGUCCCUGCAAAGGAAACAAUCAAUCCUGUUGAAGUUUGUUAUUUUAUUAGAAACUUGUAAUUUGAAAUACUAAACUAUUUUAUAGAUAAUACAUCUCAUAGAUGAGCACUAGAAUGUUUGGUAUUGUUUUGAGUGGUCUUUGUACUUUCUUCCUGAUUCUUGCAUUUCUUUUAGAUGGUAUGGUCUGUAGAAGAUAAUUUAUUUUGUAAGAAAUCAGUUUUCCCAGGCAAAUCCAGUGAAAGUUAGUUAUUUUAAUAAAUGUACUUGUUUGCAUUUCAACAUA